UAUCCUGGCAGCAGCAGCAGGCAGCUAUAGAAGUUACUCUUCUGAGCUCUUGGUAUUUUUUUCCAAGGAGUGUUUUUUCCUUCCCCAAAUGCUCACUGAUAGUGAAGCUGCUGUCCUGCAACACCUUUCUCUCUCUUUUUAUUUUGAUGAGAGGCUGAUUCUGAUCUACCAUCUAGAAGCAUCCGGUAGUGGCCAACUGUUGAUGCCUAGUGAAAAAUUAUCAGGUGCAAUAAUGUUCUGCAGUAAAAAGAGAUCCCUUGAAGUGGAGAGGAUAGUGAAAGCCAAUGACCGUGAAUAUAACGAAAAGUUCCAGUAUGCGGAUAAUUGUAUCCACACAUCCAAGUACAGCAUUCUUACCUUCUUGCCAAUUAAUUUGUUUGAACAGUUCCAAAGAGUGGCAAAUGCCUACUUCCUUGUCCUUCUGAUUUUACAGCUGAUUCCAGAAAUCUCCUCCUUGAGCUGGUUUACUACCAUUGUGCCUUUGGUCCUGGUGAUUACUAUGACAGCUGUCAAAGAUGCCACAGAUGACUACUUUCGUCACAAGACUGAUAAGCAAGUGAAUAAUCGGCAAUCUGAAGUGCUCAUCGACAGCAAACUCAAGAAUGAAAAAUGGAUGAAUGUCAAAGUGGGAGACAUCAUUAAAUUAGAAAAUAACCAAUUUGUUGCUGCUGAUCUUCUUCUCCUAUCAAGUAGUGAGCCACACGGCCUCUGUUAUAUUGAAACUGCUGAGCUUGAUGGGGAAACGAAUCUUAAAGUCCGUCAUGCGCUAUCAGUUACCUCAGAACUCGGAGCAGAAAUUAGCAGACUCGCAAAGUUUGAUGGGGUUGUUGCCUGCGAGGCACCUAACAACAGAUUAGAUAAAUUCACAGGAGUCCUCUCUUGGAAGGACAGCAAGCACUGCCUCGACAACGAGAAGAUGAUCCUGAGGGGCUGCGUCCUGAGAAACACCAGCUGGUGUUUUGGGAUGGUUAUCUUUGCAGGUCCUGACACUAAACUAAUGCAGAACAGUGGUAAGACAAAGUUUAAAAGGACAAGCAUUGAUAGGUUGAUGAAUACUCUAGUAUUGUGGAUUUUUGGAUUUCUGGUAUGCUUGGGGAUUAUUCUUGCAAUAGGAAACUCAAUCUGGGAGAGUGAAGUUGGGGACCAAUUCAGAACUUUCCUCUUCUGGAGUGAAGGAAAUAAGAACUCUGUGUUCUCAGGAUUCUUAACAUUCUGGUCAUACAUUAUUAUUCUCAACACAGUUGUACCCAUUUCAUUAUAUGUGAGUGUGGAAGUCAUUCGUCUGGGACACAGUUAUUUUAUAAACUGGGAUCAGAAGAUGUAUUACUCAGGGAAGGCGACACCUGCUGAGGCUCGGACAACCACACUCAAUGAGGAACUGGGCCAGAUCGAAUAUGUUUUCUCUGACAAAACGGGCACCCUCACUCAAAACAUCAUGACUUUAAAAAAAUGUUCCAUUAAUGGAAAAAUCUAUGCAGGUGAAGCAGAGGAUGACCUGGGUCUGAAAACAAACAUGACUAAGAAAAAAGAGCUUGUGGAUUUCUCAGUCAACCCUCAAGCAGACAGCACAUUUCAGUUUUUUGACCAGCAUCUGAUCGAAUCUGUUAAACUGGGUGAUCCCAAAGUACAUGAAUUCCUUAGGUUACUUGCUCUCUGCCACACAGUAAUGUCAGAGGAAGAUAGUGCGGGACAGCUGAUUUACCAAGUUCAAUCGCCUGAUGAAGGAGCUCUAGUGACUGCUGCCAGAAAUUUUGGGUUCAUUUUUAAGUCUCGAACCCCAGAGACGAUAACAAUAGAAGAAUUAGGAACACUGGUUACUUAUCAAUUGCUUGCCUUUUUGGAUUUCAACUAUAUCAGAAAAAGGAUGUCUGUCAUAGUUCGAAAUCCAGAAGGACAGAUAAAACUUUAUUCCAAGGGAGCAGAUACUAUUCUGUUUGAAAAACUUCAUCCAUCCAAUGAGGAUCUUCUGACUUUGACAUCAGAUCAUCUCAGUGAGUUUGCAGGGGAAGGCCUUCGAACCUUGGCCAUCGCAUACAGAGAUCUGGAUGACAAGUACUUUAAAGAGUGGCAUAAAAUGCUGGAAGAUGCAAAUGCUGCCACAGAUGAGAGGGAUGAACAGAUAGCUGGGCUGUAUGAAGAAAUUGAAAGGGAUUUGAUGCUACUAGGUGCCACUGCUGUUGAAGAUAAGUUACAAGAGGGGGUUAUUGAAACAGUUACAAGUUUAUCACUAGCCAAUAUUAAGAUCUGGGUCCUCACAGGAGACAAACAAGAAACUGCCAUCAACAUUGGCUAUGCCUGCAACAUGCUGACUGAUGACAUGAAUGCUGUAUUCAUUAUAGCAGGGAACACAGCGGUGGAGGUCAGAGAAGAACUCACGAAAGCAAAGGAAAAUGUGUUUGGACGAAAGAGAAGUUUUUCGAAUGGCCAUGUAUUUUCUGAAAAAAAGCAGCAGCUGGAGCUGGACUCAGUUGUAGAAGAAACCAUAACAAGAGAUUAUGCCUUAAUCAUAAAUGGUCACAGUUUGGCUCAUGCUCUAGAAAGUGACAUCAAGAACGAUCUCCUAGAACUUGCCUGCUUGUGUAAGACUGUGGUUUGUUGCCGAGUCACCCCUCUUCAGAAAGCUCAAGUAGUAGAGCUGGUGAAGAAGCACAGGAAUGCUGUCACUUUGGCCAUCGGUGAUGGAGCCAAUGAUGUCAGCAUGAUCAAAAGUGCUCACAUUGGCAUUGGCAUCAGCGGUCAGGAGGGACUGCAGGCUGUUUUAGCCAGCGACUAUUCAUUUGCACAGUUUAGAUUCCUCCAAAGACUUCUCCUCGUUCACGGAAGGUGGUCCUAUUUCCGAAUGUGCAAAUUCUUACGCUAUUUCUUCUAUAAGAAUUUUGCAUUCACACUUGUGCAUUUCUGGUUUGGUUUCUUCUGUGGUUUCUCAGCCCAGAAUCUUCGCUUUGCUAGGGAAUUUCAGAGAUGUGGAGUCCAGACCCUCACUUUAUUGAAGGAGAACCCACCUUUCUCAAGAACUAAAAGAUCCAUGACCGUUUAUGACCAGUGGUUCAUUACUCUUUUUAACAUUGUCUAUACAUCGCUGCCUGUUCUAGCCAUGGGGAUUUUUGACCAGGAUGUGAGUGAACGGAGCAGCAUGGACUAUCCCCAGCUCUAUGAACCUGGACAACUGAAUCUACUUUUUAACAAGCGUAAAUUUUUCAUCUGCAUGGCCCAUGGAAUCUACACCUCAUUAGUGCUUUUCUUCAUCCCCUAUGGGGCCUUUUACAACUUGGCCGGAGAAGAUGGGGGCCACAUUGACGACUACCAGUCUUUCGCAGUCACCAUGGCCACGUCUUUGGUCAUUGUAGUCAGUGUACAGAUAGCCUUGGAUACUAGUUACUGGACUGUCAUUAAUCAUGUCUUCCUCUGGGGCAGCAUCGCCACUUAUUUCUCCAUUUUAUUUACAAUGCAUAGUAAUGGCAUCUUCGGCGCCUUUCCGAAUCAGUUUCCAUUUGUUGGAAAUGUGCGCCAUUCUUUGACCCAGAAGUGCAUCUGGCUUAUUAUUCUCUUAACAACAGUGGCUUCAGUUAUGCCUGUGGUGGCAGUCAGAUUUUUGAAGGUGGAUUUAUUUCCAACUCUGAGUGAACAGAUCCGCCAGAGGCAGAAGGCUCAAAAGAAGACAAGACCUCUACGUAGCCGAAGGCCUCAGACUCGCAGAUCAAGCUCAAGAAGAUCUGGAUAUGCUUUUGCUCACCAAGAGGGCUAUGGAGAACUUAUCACAUCUGGAAAAAAUAUGCGAGCUAGAAAUCCACCCCCAACAUCAGAAUUGGAAAAGACAGUGUCUAAUAGCACUAGCUGGAUUGAAAAUUUAUGUAAGAAAACCACAGACACAGUGAGCAACUUUAGCCAGGAUAAAACAGUGAAAAUGUGAGUCAAGAUGAAUUUGAACCACAGAGUUAUCUUUUCACUUCAGCUGGAGCUGAAAUUCAACUGGCUCCAAAGUUUGGGUUCAGGGGUGAGGACUAGGGUGGAUUGCCUCACUUAAUUUAAAUCUGUGGCCAACAACUGCUAGUGACCAUCAAAUAGGGGUGCACUCUAUGGAAAACCAGAUGGUUGCUGUCUAACUUGUGGUUUGGUGGACAAAACAUCAUAAUACAAGCACAAGUUUAUAAUAACCUAGAUACCAAGUGGCCUGAACUUUAGAAUCUUAUUUAUGCAAAAAACCUCUGUAAAUCUGUGUUUAAAAUGACUGCAUCUUCAGAUGGAUAAAAAAGAUAUAUUCAAAAGUUGUAUAUUCCCCUUGAAUGUUAUGCUUGUUGACAGAUAAGCACAUAUAUGUGAGGUCACUCUUUCUCAAGAUACCCUUUUAAGAUCUAAAAUGUGUACUAAGGUGCUUUCAGAUGAAGAGUAGUUUGCCGUUGUCUAGUCUUGGCAUCUGUCUGGUGUGUUGAGUUAGGACAACAAAUCACUUUGAUGCCUGAAGAAUAGAAAAAGGUGUUGGUGUUACUCAUUCUACAAGUUAAAGGCAAGGUUGAUUGAACAUCUUUAUGUGGAAUAGAUUGAUAAUUUCCUCAAAUUUAUUUUUAAAAAUCUCUCAGAGACAUGUUUAUGGAAUGUCAAAGACAAGUUGUCUAGUAAGUAUUCUAAAUAAUUUUCAAUGAUUUUUAAUAACAACCUCGUAGUAAUCUGCCUUCUGUCAUUCAGAGCUAUUAAAGGAAUCAGUAAACCAUUGGAAUUUCACACUUUAGUGAUAGUACUCCAUAUAGUUAGUGUAUGGGCACGUACUUUCUACAUUUCCUGUUUUAAAACAUUCAGAUUUGAAACCAAACAAAAGGGCAAACAUUAUCUUCAAAUAUUAAGUACUCAGGUUUAGGUCAUUCAGAGUUCAUUGCUCUUGAUAUUCACCUAUGAUGCUUUUAACUCAGAUAUAUAAACACAUCCAUGUGAGGUUGACUUUUUUGGAUGUGUUUUAGUCCAAAUUUCAUUCUAUACUUGAGUGUACCAAUAUAUUUCUUACAAAAGGAUUCAGGCAGAUUCAUGUUCAAACUUCAUUUCUGUCACUUCUUACCUCUAUAUACUUGGGUAGGUAAUGUACCUACUUUGAAACUCAGUUUCUUCCUCCGUAAAAUGAGGAUAUACUACCUACCUCAUGUGGUUGUUUGAAGAUUGUCAAAAUGCAAACUCUCAAACCACUAAACACAUAAUUCUCCUUGAGUAGAUGAUGAAUUAAAUUCCAUUUAACUGAUCAUUGGAAUAACAGAGCAGUUUGAAGACAGUAUGAAGAACUGGAAUUUAAUCAGUACAAAAGAAUUUAAUAAAAUGAGAUUCUAAGUUUGAUAUAAAACUGGUUAAGUCUUACAGGGAAACAAAACUAUAAACUUGGAGAUAAAUUUCUCUAUCAUAAGGCAAAAAUAAAUCAUCAUCAUGCCUUAUCAAUUUUCUACAAGUGAAUGUCCAACUUUAUAAAGUUCUUAAUCUUGUUCCUACUAAAUUAUUAGCCAAAGUUACAUUUCCCAAGACAGCUAAAUCGCCCUUGGGUGGGCAUGAUGGAUAGUGGGUUUGCCUGAUAUUAACAGAUCAUACAAUCUUUUGGGGGGUACUUUAUUUCCAAAUCUGGGAUCACUUUUCCUGAAGGGGAAAUAACCCAAUACAGAGCUUUAAUAACAGUAAAUGCACAUAAAUACAUAUUCCCUUUUCCCCACAUGCCUGUGUAGACUCACCCAGAUGUUAUUUUUCAAUGUCUAAUUUGUCAUUAGUUUCACUGAGUUUGUUCACUUUUUGUAACAUUUUUGAAAGAGUUGAAGACUUUCAGUAAAUGUUUUGGCACUACUGGUGUUUGAUGUUUUGUC